GGGAGGUUGACACUGACAGGGCUAUUCUUCAAGCGAAAACAAAUCACCUGCACAAAGAUGGGCGGAGACACUGCACAGUCUUCAAAUACUCACUCCAGAGAGUUCCUUGCUGUGGUGGUGUGUGCACAGAGGUGUGUCCAGGCAAGCCAAGAUGUCAUUACUGGAGAAAUUCUUUCUCAAUUUUCAUCUCAAAGAUUCUGAUGAGAGAGACACACAGGAGACCAACAAUCCUAAGAAGAAAUGUUAUUAUGGAACGGUCAAACCUUAUCCAGACUUCAAUGCCAGGGCCGAUGCCUCGAUUCUUAAGAACGCCAUCAAAUGCAAAGGUGUGGACGAAGAAACGAUCAUUUCCGUCCUGGUGAGGAGAAGCAACGAGCAGAGGCAGAUGAUCAAAGCCGUUUAUGAAACGAUGGCUGAAAAGGACAUGGUUGAGGAUUUGAAAGCUAAACUGAAGGGCCAUUUGGAGGACGUCACUCUGGCUCUGUUGAUGCCCCCAGCUAUUUUGGAUGCCUACUUUAUCAGGAAAGCCACAAAGCAUCUUGGAACAGAUGAAGAAGUUCUGAUUGAGAUUCUGGCAUCAAGAACAAAUCAACAGAUUAAGGAUCUCAAGGUUGCUUUCAAAGAAGCGUAUAGAGAAGAGUUGGAGGAUGUUAUUAAGCAUGAGACUGAGGGUAACUUUGCUAAAGCCCUUCUAGCCUUGCUGAAAGCAGAAAGAGAUGAGGGCCCAGCUGACAAGAAUAAGGCCCAUGAGGAUGCAAAGAAACUCUCCGACGCAUUAGAAAAAGACGUGAACUAUGACACCCUCAUCAACAUCCUCACCAAAAGGAGCUGGAAGCAUCUUGAUGAGACAAUUAAAAUAUUCCCCAGCAUCAGUGAUGGAUACACUUUUGGUAAAAUGGUGGAGAAGAAGCUGAGUAGAGACAUUGAACACUGUCUCAUUCAAAUUGCGAAGUGUGCCUGGAACCUGCCGGCUUACUUUGCAGAGAAAUUGCAUUCUGCUAUGGAUCGUCACGGCACAUGUGAGGACACGCUGACCAGAGUGUUGGUGAGCCGCUCCGAGAUCGACCUAAAGAUGAUUUUGGAACAGUACAGGCUUAUGUAUGGCAUAACUGUCAAGGAACGCAUACUGAAAAAGACUCGGGGACAUUAUGCGAUCCUGAUUGGACUGUGUGGACCUGACUGAAGUUCUUUUGUCAAAAUGUCACCAAAUUCCAUUUGUUUCACAAAUCCUGAAAGCUGGUGACUUGCAGAUUAUGAGAAAGAACAUAUAACCAUGCUAUGUGAUUGAUUUUGACACUCUCUUAAAAUAAAUCAGCAGUCUCACAUAUAAAAUAACAUACUGUAAGCAUGUGGAAAUAAAUUGGUAUCACAAUGUCUGAUUUUAAAAUAUC